AUGUCUGAAGAAAACUCGCAGCCCCCAGACACCAACAUGGAGGUCAACGACGAACUCGACCACGCGGUGGAUGACGAGAUCAAGCAAGACGCGACACAACUGGAAGCCGACGCCAUGAACCUCGACGGCGCAAACGAUGCCGAACCCGCGACAGUCAACGGUGUAACAGACUCGGCCGCCGCGUUUGAAGCGCGCAUACCAGCGAAGAAGGAUGCGACGUUGCGCGAGUUCCUUGGCAAGAUGGAUGAUUAUGCGCCUAUCAUACCCGAUGCAGUGACCAACUACUACCUGACCCGCGCCGGUCUGCCACCGCCACCCCAGACAUCACAACAUCUUGCACGUCUACUCGCUCUGGCGACACAGAAAUUCAUCGCCGACAUUGCGGCCGACGCCUACCAAUUCUCUCGCAUCAGGUCGUCCAACACCACGAGUAACAACCCCAUGGGUGGCGCAGGAGGAGCCCCGGCAGCAGCUGCACCUGGUGGUGCGCCUGGUGGAAAGGACAGCGGCUCAAAGACCAAGGACUACAACCUUGGCAUCCAGCGACCAGGAUAUGGUGGUGGAGGUCAAGGUGGCAGUCAAGGCCGAACCGUGCUCACUAUGGAGGAUCUGGGCAUGGCAGUAGGCGAAUACGGAGUCAACAUCAAACGUGGCGAGUUCUACCGUUAA